CUUGUUUUCAACAAGUUUUGCCUUAGCACGAGAUCGUUCUGUAUUUGACCACCAUUCUACUUACACACGGACUACACGUGAUGGACAGACUGGGCCCCACUCCAUGUCGCAAUUGCGUGGAUCUUAAUUGCCUCUGGGCAAGUAAGAAAUUGAAAUAUAUAAAAGGGGGCUCUCAACAGGGAUGCUCUUUGUGCGCGGCUAUCUCCAAUACAUUCGAUGACUUUGCCACAUCAGCCGGAUACAAGGGCUCGAGGCCGACGCUCACGUUCAAAUCAUAGCUUUACUGCCACAGCUCCGUCUUCGUUUCAAAGAAUCAACACUGGUCUCUAGUUCACAGAUGGAAGUUUAUGUGUCAUUAAACACAGUUCUCUUCACUAUUUCACCUCAGCCGACCGGCUGCACAAGAUCUGUAGCGCAGGCGAAGCAAUGGUUCAAUGACUGCUUGUCCAGCCACGAGCAUUGUACAAAAGGGCGAAACUAUUCGUUUCUUCCCACACGACUCUUCGACGUGCAUGCGAGUAAGCUUGUGGAUACGACACGGCUUACGGUGGAAGGUGGAAGGACUGAUGGAAUAUGCUUGCCUAAGUCAUUGCUGAGGUGGUCAACAAUCUGAUUGCAUAACGACGCUGAAGGCUUUGUCGAGCAACCUGCAGGGCAUAUCAAGCGAUCUGGCCCCUAAAACAUUUCCCCACGCUUUCCAAAUCACACGCUUCCUCGGUCUGCGAUAUAUCUGGAUCGAUUCCCUGUGUAGCAUCCCGGAUUCGGGAAAGGACAGGAAUCAAGAGUUCACCGCAAUGGCUGACAUAUAUUCGAACGCAAUAAUCACCACAGCAGCCACCAGUGCUGCGUCGCCAGACUCAGGGCUUUACUCUAUUCCAGCCGAGCUUUAUCGAAUGCGUAGACAUCCC